CUUUUUUUUUCACUAUUCUACAGUCCACAGUUACAAAGAUGACCUGCUAGUAGACUUGGAGUCAAGAACCCCAUCUCGUUUUCUUCUCUGGAAAAGAGGGGAGAGAUGGUCAGAGAGACGAUCUUUUUCGUCGAAUUCACGCGGUUUGAAGUCAUGAAUGGUUCAUUAUAAUCCAUCUACAGAUAUUGAAAGGAUCCUGCAGUCUGAAGUAGAAUAGCGCGAAGUCAUACCGGAAACAUUUACAAUGAGCAACAGCUUGUUGCAAACCCAUUAUUCAAGUGGUGGAAUCCCAUCGGAGAUUGCUGAGAAUUUAAAAGAUUUUUUUCCUGAGGACGGUGAUUUGAGUUAUGAAGAAGUUCUUUUGCAACAGGAAACUGUUUACUUAUCACUUCAAGCAAAUGGGAAAAACAAAAAUAUUACCUCUGAAUAUGGCCAAACCAGUAGCGGGCAUCAGUUAUCAGUACAAAAGAGUGAUUCUUCUCAAAGCCUUGAAUCACAAUUAGCUUUGGAUGAAGCUUUAGCUAGAUCGUUGCAGUUAGGGGAUGAUUUUGAGGAUUUCUGUAGAGAUGAGCUUAAUUCUAUUGUAGCUGGCAUCGGGGAAUCACCUCCUAGAGAAUCACCUCCGGUUAGGGUGCAGGCUGAGAAUCCAAACACGAGGAUACAAGAUGAUAUUGAUCCAGAUGGUAUGACCUAUGAGGAAUUGCAGUCUUUAGGGGAAGCUGUUGGCCAGCAGAGCAGAGGGCUUUCACAAGACCUCAUACGUCGUUUACCAACUUUCAAAUAUAAGACUGGAUUCUUUUCAAAGAAAAAGAAAAUGGGAGAGUGUGUUAUAUGCUAUGCUGCAUACAGAAGUGGAGAUAUGUUGACCACUUUACCUUGUGCACACAUGUUUCAUUCAGAAUGUAUUAACCGCUGGCUAAAAGAAAGAAAGAACUGCCCCCUCUGUUAUGAAGAGGUGAAAGAUGAAUGACUUCCCAGGAAACGUUAAAGCCUUGUUGCUCAAUUGGAUCUGCCUUCAAAUUCACUUUUCGUACAUGUAGAGAGAAUCGGCGCCCUUUAAAGACUUAUAUUUGGUUUGUAAAUAGCUUUCUGGAUUGAUUAUCCAUAUUGAACUAUCUGGACAUAUUCUGCUUGCUUAUGCAUUAUGGUUUUCCUUUUUUAUUAAUGCAUUAUAUAUUAGACCAUUAAACAAACAAAA